CGCGUUCCGCACUACAUUACAACUUGAACCAUGCCUAUUAGGCACUUUGACAUUUUCCUCGCUGAAAGGCGUUUGAUACAGACCUCGGCUGUGACUCUCCUGAAAGAUCAAAAGAUCGGCAUCGAUGCAAACUACUGGCUUAGAAAAGUUUUACCCAAGGAGCCCACUGCCGUCGCCAUAGGCGGUUUUCCCUCCGGUAUUCGCGCAGCCAUCGAGAAAGAACUAGAGAAUUUCAAGAAACACCGCAUUCAACCCGUCUUUGUGUUCCAAGGUCUUAACAUGGUGCGCAAAGACAAACCGUUUUCUAAUCAAGAUAGUAGACCUGGACGACGUGAGAAUGGGUGGGAAACAUAUGAUAAUGGAAAGCUCGAUGCAGCCUUGUCGAUAUGGGCUAGCAGUGGAGGUGUUCAACAGUCCGACAUGAUCACUUAUGUCAUGGAAAUCCUCACCGAAAACAAGGUUGAAUUCAUUCGUGCUCCAUACUCACAGUGGGCUCAGUUGUCGUAUAUGCAUUCUCAUCCACGACAUAUUGUAAACCGAGUACUUGGAGGAUCAGAAAUGCUGAUUUGGGAUGUGGAUAAUGUCAUUGUUGGGAUUGAUCUGCAGAAAGGAAACUAUUCUUGGUUGAGCAAGAAAACCGUCCUAUCUGAUCUUGGACUUUCUGAGGAUCAGUUCUUGGAUGUUUGUAUUCUUGCCGGAUUCGACUAUUGCCCCACAUUCCCGCCAUUGAGCAACAACAUGAUUGGGUUUACAUUCAAAGGAACACAUGAUUUGGUUAAACAACACAAGACUGGAUUCAAUGUUGUGCAGGCAUAUGCAGAUGAUCCAAGCGUCAGCAAAACACACUACAUAGAUACAUUCUGCCGUACUCGCUGUGCUGUCAAAUAUCAUCUGGUUUAUACCGAUGAUGGUGAAGUUCGCCCAUUGCAUCAUGAACGUGCACCAAGUGAUCUUCAUGAGAUCAUUGGCUACAGGUUGCCUGAUGAAGUGUACUUUUACCUAUUAACUGGCAUGAUUGGACCACAGAAUCAGGUGUUUUGAUAGAAAACGCCCCUCUUUGCAAUGGCGAAACCCAGGAAUACCACAUUUUCCUUCAGCAGCUUCUAAACAUCAGAACACAGACUCUCA